AUGUCGGCGAAGAAGGGCGCGAAGAAGGUGGAUCAAAAGAAGGUCCAGAAGAUUGUCGAGGACAAGACCUUCGGCAUGAAGAACAAGAACAAGAGUAAGAAGGUGCAGCAGUACAUCUCCACGGUCAAGACCCAAACUACGCAGAGCCUGGCUGGCAACAAGAAACCCAAGCCGGGAGAGGAAGUAAAGUCGAAGAAGCAGAUCGCUGCUGAGAAGGCAGCGGAGCUCAACUUGCUUUUCAAGCCCGUGGUGGACAAGAAGGCGCAAGUCGCAGCGGGCGUCGAUCCCAAAUCGGUGGUGUGCCAAUUCUUCAAGGCGGGCACGUGCACGAAGGGUAAUCGCUGCAAGUUCUCCCACGAUCUCACCAAAGAGCGGAAGGCGGCGAAGAUCGAUAUGUACUCGGAUAGACGCGACGGCGAAGACGGCGAGAACGACACCAUGGAGGACUGGGACGAGAACAAGCUGCGAGAAGUCGUCGACAAGAAGCACGGUGCCACGAAUCGCACGGACAUCAUCUGCAAAUUCUUCCUCGAUGCUAUCGAGCAGAAGAAGUACGGUUGGUUCUGGGCGUGCCCCAACGGAGGCAAGGACUGCAUGUACCGGCACGCGCUGCCCCCCGGUUUCGUCCUCGCGGCCAAGAAGAAGAAGGACGAAGAGGACGAGGACGAGGACAAGAUCACACUCGAGGACCAGCUCGAGCAGGAGAGGCGUGCCCUCACCAAGUCGACGCCGCUCACUCUGGAGCUCUUCCUGAAGUGGAAGGAGGACAAGCGGCUGGCCAAGGAGAAGGCCGCUGCCGAGCGCAAGAUCCAGAUCAAGGCUGGCAAGACCACCAUGAGCGGUCGCGAGGCCUUCGAGUUCAACCCCGACCUCGUUGCCGGCGACGACGACCUCGCCUUUGACGAAGAGGAGCUCAGAAAGAACAAGGAAAUGACCGAAAAGGAGGAGGAGAAGGUGCCAGAGGACGAGCACAGGGGUCCCAUCGAGGGCGACGACGGAGAACCAGCUGUGGAGGUCGACGAGUCCGUGUUCGCCGCCGAUGCCGCCGAGGAGGAGCUCCCCGAGUUCGAUGAGUAA